AUGGCUGCUUUUGUGAGGAUUCGUGGGUUGCCUUAUUCGGCCACUGCCGAGGACGUGGUGAAUUUUUUCAAAGACGUCAAAAUCAAGAAUGAAAAGCGUGGAGUCUCAUUUCCACAAGGCCCUAAUGGACGAUCAAAUGGUGAAGCCUUUGUCGAGCUUGAGAAUGACGACGAGCUCGAAGCUGCUCUAUCUUUUCAUAAAAAGCACAUGGGAAAGCGCUAUAUUGAAGUGUUUCGAUCUGAUGAAUCUGAAAAGCAGCGGGCUAUGGGAUGGCAACCCACCGGUAACUCCAACCGAAAGGAAUAUUUUGCACGUCUACGUGGGCUACCUUAUGAUACUGAAAAACAGGACAUUUUUCGGUUCUUUAACGACCUGACAAUAGCUCCUGACGGUAUCGGGCUUUUGGUCGAUCAUCUGGGACGUUGUACGGGGGAGGCCUAUGUCCAAUUCACCUCGGCUGAAAUGCUAGAACGGGCAAAAGAAAAACACUUGGAGAAGAUUGGGCGAAGGUACAUUGAAAUUUUCGAUGCCACCGGAAUUGAAGCCUCAAUGGCAAUCCGCAAGCAACAUGAAUUGAAUAAACGAAGCAGUGGUGGUCCAAUGAUGCGAGGACGUGGCGAGAGGCCAUAUUACGGUCCUCCUGGUCCUCACAGAAUGCUGCCACCAUAUCACGGUGGUUAUGAUGAAGGCGGUUAUGGCUAUGGAGGUGGUAGAAAUGGCCCCCCAUAUCGUCCCGGUCCAUACUCGCGUCCACCAGGUGCCUAUGGUUAUGAGCGUCCACCAAGUCCCCUUCCCCCUAGAGGACCUUAUGGAGGACCCGACAGCAGCAGAUAUGGUGGCCCCCCUCCUAGGCCAUUACAUAACAUCCGGAUGCGUGGACUGCCCUUCCAAACUACCACUGAGGAAAUAGCGGCCUUCUUCACACCGGUUCAGCCGCUUAAUGUGCAAAUUCAUUACAAUGUUCAAGGGCGUCCUAAUGGUGAAGCCGACGCUGAGUUUGCUACUCAUGAUGAAGCAUGUGAAGCGAUGAAGAAAGAUCGUGAGAAGAUUGGCUCACGUUACAUCGAACUCUUUCUUGAAUCCUGUCCCGAUAGGCAUUCUGGUGUCGGAGGUAUGGCAUCACCGAAUUCCUGGAAUUAUGGACCACCCUUCUACUCUGGAGGUAAUGCUCCUGUUCCCCCGCCUUCCCAAGGUCCAGGCUCAAAUCCUCCAACGUCGUCUACAAGAUAUGGUGGUGGGCCGCCGCGUGGUGGUAACUACUAUGGCGAUGCCCAUAACGAUAAUGGUGCUCCUGGCAGUAAUAUUGGUAAUUACUAUGGAAGUGGUGGCGAUUAUGGCUAUCCAUCUCAUGGCAGUUCCAUGGAUGAUCGACGCUACGGAGAUAUGGGAGGCGGUAGACAUGGCGAUAGCAUGAGCGGUAAUGGUGGUGCUUACGGUGUACCGCCGCAGUUAUCAUCUCAAGGUGGAAAUCUCGAUAAUGCUCCAGGCGAUAUGUACGACCGAUAUGAUGGUGGCUCAUCUCGAUCUCGUGAUCAGGAUAAUAGUUACUAUUGGUGA